GUUCUGGCACAAAGCAUGUUUCCACUGCGAGACCUGCAAGAUGACCCUCAACAUGAAGAACUACAAGGGCUACGAGAAGAAGCCCUACUGCAACGCAUUCGCUACAAGGAGGAGUUUGAGAAGAAUAAGGGGAAAGGCUUCAGCGUGGUGGCUGAUACCCCGGAGCUGCAGCGAAUCAAAAAGACUCAGGAUCAGAUCAGCAACAUCAAAUACCACGAAGAGUUUGAGAGGAGCAGGAUGGGCCCCAGCCCCAGUGAGGGCGCAGAGAUGGAGCGUAGGAACUCCCAGGAAAGCACCAAUUACCGACGACCGGAGCAGCACCAGCCACAGCACCACGUCCAGCCCAGCAACCCGGUGUACCAGCAGCAGCCACCAGCCUCGCAGUCCUAUGGCUACAAGGAGCCUGCAGCGCCUGCAUCCACACAGCGCAGUGCACCCUCUGCAGCGGGGAAGCGUUUCCGUGCCGUCUACGAUUACAACGCAGCCGAUGAGGACGAGGUCUCCUUCCAGGAUGGUGACACCAUCAUCAACGUGCAGCAGAUCGAUGACGGUUGGAUGUACGGCACGGUGGAGCGCACGGGUGACACGGGGAUGCUGCCCGCCAACUACGUGGAGGCCAUCUGAGGGGGUUGGAGCUGAACCCCCCCCCAUUCCAUAACAUGGCCCCAGUGUGCUCGCGUCUCUCUCUCCCCCAGCAUCCCUUCCCUCUGCCGGAGCCGUGUCCCGACGUCUCGGUUUCUUUGUGUUUCUGCAGCCACCUCUGGUUUCUCUCGCCAAUUGUAGCUUUGUUCUCACUCUGCCGGGACUGAGGGUCUGUCUGCGAGGGAUGACGGGGGGCUCUGGGACCAAAUGUUUCUCCUUCUGCCUUCCUCCUCCCCUCUGCAGGGGAUGGGAUGGGGCGCACACACACCAGGCUGCCCCACAUCCACCCCCAGCCCCCAGUGAGCUGGGAAUGCAAGGGAAGGGAGGAGCAGGAUCAUUUCCUUAGGACCAAACAUCCCACCUCUUGGGGGCAGGGAGGGAUGCUGGGGGGGACCAGCUGGCAGCACCUUCCCUGCGCUGAUCUGGCUCUGAUCUCGUCCCAUUGCUUCCCCUGGCUCUCUGUUCACCAUUCCUAUUUCUACUGCGCUCCCUCAGUCCUCAGUGUUGCAAACCAGAAGGAUAUUUGUGGUUAAAACCUUUAAAAAUAUAUAUCUCUUGGGAUUCAGAAUGGUUCCAGGAGCAGCUCCUGCUGCUUUUUUGGGGGGGUCCAGCUGCCUCAUUCUGCAUCCCAGGCUGAGAGGUGCCACCAUGCAGGAGCACCUGCUGCCCUGACCUCAUGUCCCCCUGCAGCUCCGGUUCUCCCCUUUUGGGUCCUCAUCCCUGUGCCUCUAUGGGCUGAGUGUGAUGUAUUUCUCUGCUCUGUUACUGCACUGGGACUGUGCUGGGGGCUGUCCAGAAGUGGGAAGAUGGGGGGUUUAAGUACCCUGAGCCCUUUGCCAUCCCCCACCUCUCACCCAUUGGUCCCCAGCAGUGGUGGCUGCUGAUGUGGGAUCGCAUAGUGGACCAAGAUCUCAAAGCACAUCUCUGUCCCCUUCCCUUUUAGGCUGGGAAGGUCCCAGAGCUGAAGGUAUAACUGGAAGCCUUGCAGCCAGGUGCUCAUGUCCCAAAGGACCAAAGUGACCGAGUUCAGACAGCCCUCAGCUCUGCCUGGGGACAAUCCCAUGGGACGGGGGAGGACCCCAUUGGGAAAAUCCCCCCCCCUCUCCUGCCUCCAUCCCACCAGGGUGGGCUGCAUGGGCUGGAGGGUCCACUCGGUGCUACACAGGCAAGGAGGGGAGGGGGCAGAGAGUCCACAUCCCUCCCCAUAACCCCAUCCUUCAUCAUCCUUGUCUGGGAAAUAGUAGAGGGGGGGGAUUGUCAAUGUGAAUAAAGCGUUUUUUAAUGGACCAAAUCACACAGGUGAUCACGUUUUGGUAUACAGACCUUUUUUUAAUGCUACCUUGGAACCAUUGUCCUGAGUCUCUGCUCCCCUUCUCCCCCCCAUUUUAUUGUGGGAAACAAACCUCUUACUGCUUCAUUUCUGCCUUUUUCUCUCGACUUAUGCACUUUUUUGCCUUUUUUCAUAGCUGAAAAGCACCUGAACCUGUAUUUAAAAUAAAUAAAUGAAUUAAAAAAAAAAAAAAAAAAACAUUAAAAAAAGAAAAAGAAAUGGAAAAGCUUCUCGUCACGUGUUAAAAUAAACCUCGCCCUUCUCAGCUGCCCUGGUCACGUCUCAGUGCUUAGAAGGUGUUUCCUUUGGAUCCACCACUUGGUUGGGGUUUGUCUUCACAUUCUCCUUCCUAUGGGGCUGAGUCCCCCCCCCCCAACAAUCCGUCCUUUGGCCUUUUUAAAUCCAACCCUCGAAUGGAACAGAUUGAUCCUCCUUCUUGGUUUCCUCCACAAUAAAAGUGUGGUUUCUA